UCAAAAUAUAUGGCCAUUAGAGGGUAGUAUAAUACACCUACAUAGUUUUAGUGAAGCCGAGGAAGACCAGUAGCAGAGCCGAGCCACUCGGCUAACCUCAGCAUGAUAUUGAUCAGUAUGUUGCUGUAGAUGGAAGAAGGAUAAUUUUCCAAAGAGCUGCGUUGAUCUCAAACGGACUUCUUAAAAUGGCAGGCGAGGAGGAGAGGGGGGUGGUUCGAGUCAAAGUAAAGAAAUGUGACGGAGCACUUCCUGCGGAGUUUCGCUCCUUUGCUGUAGAUCCUCAGAUAACAUCAUUGGAGGUGUUGCAGCAUAUUCUAAUAAAGGCCUUUGAUUUGAAUGGGAAGCGGAAUUUUGAGAUCAGUUACAUGUCUCGAGGUGGAAGCGGUGCAGAAAUGUACCUGUCUUUGACGUCUGACGGGGAUUUGGAUGUUGCAUUUGCCAGUGCAGCCAAACCGUAUCUACAACUCAAGAUGGACGUGAAACCCUCAGAAGACAGUCCCGUUAUGGAGGACUGGGACAUAAUCAGCCCCAAAGACGUGAUUGGCUCUGAGCAGCUUUUUGCAGAAAGGACUAGAUCUUUGGCAUCUGCAGCACUUCCUUUCACCCAGUCUUUACUGUCCCAGGUAGGUCGGACCUUUUCUCGAGUCCAGCAAGCUUUCAGCUGGUCUUAUGGGGAGGAGAUCAAGCCUUUCAAGCCCCCUCUGAGUGACACUGAGUUUCAUAGUUACCUCAAUGGACAAGGACAGUUGACACGGCCUGAGGAAUUAAGACUGCGGAUCUACCAUGGCGGUGUGGAGCCUUCGCUACGCAAGGUUGUUUGGCGCUACCUCCUUAAUGUCUACCCAGACGGACUGAGUGGACAGGAAAGAAUGGACUACAUGAAGCGAAAGACGAGAGAGUACGACCAGCUGAAGAAAGAAUGGACGGCCCACGUCAGUCACGAGGAUCUCGAAUUUAUCCGAGGGAAUGUACUCAAAGACGUCUUAAGGACAGACCGUGCUCAUCCCUACUACGCAGGAUCAGAAGACAGUCCACAUUUGACUGCGCUCACAGACCUGCUUACUACUUUUGCCAUCACACAUCCACAGAUCUCAUACUGUCAAGGGAUGAGUGAUAUCGCCUCCCCGAUACUUGCCGUUAUGGAUAAUGAGGCGCAUGCCUUCAUUUGCUUUUGCGGCAUUAUGAAACGCUUGGAGGGGAACUUCCGACCUGAUGGACAGCUGAUGUCUAUUAAGUUCCAGCACCUAAAAAUGCUUUUGCAGUAUUCAGAUUAUGAAUUCUACUCCUAUCUGGUCUCCCGUGGAGCUGAUGACCUGUUCUUCUGUUACCGCUGGUUGCUCCUGGAGCUCAAGCGAGAGUUUGCCUUUGAUGAUGCCCUAAGGAUGCUUGAAGUUACUUGGAGCUCCUUGCCUCCAGAUCCUCCUGAAACUGAAGUGGAGCUCCUUGGACCACCGUUACAGUCAGAUAAAAUGACGCGUUUUAUGAACAAGAAAAAGCCUGCUGACAAUCGCCUUGGGCAAGACUGGGAAGUAAAAGAGAAGCAGCGUAGACAACAUAUGCUUAGGCCCUCAAGAGAAGAACCUGAUGUUAGACCUGGAAGUAAUAGUGUUGUGUCUCAAGUAACUGUAGGAAAGGCGCAUGUGGGUUCUCCUUCUCUUGAGGAGAGCUUUGGAGAGUUUAAAUACUAUAGUGCCCAAAAUGAAGACUGCUUUGACGUGGAGGAUGUCAAGCCGCAACAGGGUUUGAUAGAUUCACAGUCAUUAUCACGCAUUCCAGUUCGUCAGUCCACCACUGACAGUGAGGAGGAUCCUGGAGAAAGAACACCUCUUAUACGAUUCUGUAACAAUGGCUUUUCGUCAGGAUUGUCACCUCCCAUGUCCGUUAGUGGUCCACCAGUCUGGAAGACUGGUGCUGUAUCUCAUUCUUCAUCAGCCUUGCCUUCUAGUUGGUCAGGUGCUACACCAGACUCUCCUCCACAAACCACAUUUGGAUUCACAACUAAUGGAAGAGAGGCCUUAUCAAGAACUGUCCCGAAAGUAAUCACGUCUUCUGCACAAUUGCUCAGGAGUACAGGGUUGAACUUGACCCCCAGCUCCACUGUAAAAACAUCAGCUGCAUCUAACUCCCAUACUCAAAAUCGAUCCUUCCUGUCUUCACCAAUUUUGCCUUUUGGAAGGGGUUCGUCACAGCCUGUUUCCAGGCCAUCCUCCAGCAACCUCCCUUCUCCUAGCAACAAACCCUCAAGCACUACAGUUACCAUGGACAGUUCACCAAAACUGGAGGCCAGCAUUAAACCACUUUCACUUCCACCUCCCCAAGAGUUUGGAAAAGGCAAUCCUUUCAUGCUUUUUUUGUGCUUGUCCAUUCUGCUGGAACACCGAGACCACAUCAUCAAGAACAGCCUGGAUUACAAUGAGCUCGCCAUGCACUUCGACCGCCUUGUGCGGCGCCACAACCUGAGCAGGAUCCUGCAACGCGCCAAGGCCUUGUUUGCGGACUACUUGCAGAGUGAAGUGUGGGACUCGGAAGAAGGGGAUGAGGUUAGUUCAGACUCCCCAACAUCAGCCACUGCUGCACAAUACUCCCCACCUAUAACCAUUUCUGCUCGACCCAUUUAUAGCCCAUUAGCAUCCCCUCAGUCUUCAUCGCAAAAUUCAACCUACAACUUGGCAACAACAAUUCCUUCACCGACACUGUCCCUUUCGUCAUAAUACGCACAAAGUGUCACUAACUGGGUAUUCUCACUAAAGCUUUUCAGCCCAACAGAGGUGUGGACUAGUUUAGACAGCCUCCAGCAUUGAAUUGAAUUCUGUGAAUGCUUGAUUACAUACGGAAGACUCAUGUACGCAUCAUCAUAUUUGUGGUUCAUUUCUGUGGCCCUCACUUGAAGGAGAUACGAGGAUUGGAUCUUUUGAGACUGACAGUGCAUGCUUGCUUGGUUUUCUGUUUUUCGACCGCAUACUUGAUUUGAAGCAAGAAAACUCAAGCAACCUCAUUCAUAUCACCCAGUUGGUCAGUUUUCUUCACAUUGUAUGGAAGGUUUUUAGUUCCCUGUAUUUGUUUUCCAAAGUGUUCUUGCUGAGCUGAGCAUCCAUACGGAUGUGUCAACAACUUUUAAUGAGUUAAUGAAAUAUGACAAAAUCAUACUUGAAAAGCCAAUAACCAUUGAGAUGAGAUUGGGUGGUCAAGGCAAGGAUGAUGCUAUUUAUUCCUUUUCCCUGUUUUUCUGAAUAAUUGAAUACAAUUCCAUGCAAAUACAGUACUGUAAUACUAUUUCUAGUCAAUUUGCUGUAUAUCAGUCAUUGAGGAAUAUACAGUAUAUAAUGAAAUGGGCCAAUCACUAUUUCAAGAUGAAGCAAUUUUGCACUUGGGUUUUUGCUGUUUUUGUUUAAUUUGGUUUUCUGUAUUGAACAAGGGAAACCAUGUGUUGCUGACACAUACUGACCGCUGCCAUAGCUACUGGUGAGGCUGCUAGUAAGUCCCAACUGUGUAACCAAGGUGUUUUACUUUUUUUGUUUUUUUUGCUAUUGUUGCUUCUGUGAGAUUAAUACUAUCAAGUGAAAUAGCAUGUGAUGCUGCAUUAUUAGAAAAGUGCCUCACUUACUGGUGUUAGAAACCUUGAAGCGUAUUUUUUUUAAUAUAUAUAUUUGUGCUGAAAAUAUCUUGACAAUGUAGAAACUGCUGCCCUGCUGGGUGGCUUAAUAAACAAAACAUGUCAUGUUUCAGCAUCAUUAAAAUUAGCUGGUUAAUUACAAGAACAAAUGAGCCAACAAAACUGUUUCAUCAACAAAUGCCGUUUGGCUUUUGUUGAUCACUUGUGAAUUGACACUGAAAUUGUAUAGUACAGAUCAGUAGCAACAUAUACUGUAUGGGUAUAUACGUUCAACAAAAAAGUAUAACCUACUAUUGUAUCAUGGGACUAUAACAUUGCCUGCUUCUUUUUCUCAUCCGGAUGUGCAAAUGUUCAACUACUUGUAAACAUUCAUGCAAAUUGAAUGGAAAAGUGUUUUCAUUUAAACAUUUAGUGUCGCCUCUAGUCGUGCUUUAGACCAAAUCCACCCUCCUACACACACACACUUUGUUGACAUUGUGUGCCAAAAUGUGGGUAAUGAGGGCACCCUAGUCAAGGUGUGUGUCAACAACUUAAGGUAUUUCAGGAGCCUUUUCCCACUGCACCACAAACAGUGAGCUACUUGAAUUAAUGCAUAUUUCAGAAAUGUACUCUUUUUUUGCUUACAUAUUUUAUUUUGAGAGGCCUUUGUCUAUAUAGAUUUUUUUCAAUUCCUUGUUAAAUGCUAACAUUUGCUUGGCCUUCCAUUCCUACAUGUAUAAAUAUCAAAUUUAAUAUUUUAAAAAGUACCUCGCCGGACUAUGAUUUAGCUAUGUGUGUAUUUGUAAAUAAAAAAAAGUUUAUCUAAUUACCGUAUGGAAUUGCAACAGUUCCACUUUUUAGUCAUUCAUAUGAUUGUAUAAUGGGCACGAAUAAAUAUUCUCAGCAACUCCGUUGGUCGCA